AUGAAUGAGUUGGAGGUGUUAGAGGAGUGGAAGGAUCAACAAGAUGAGGAGAAAUAUAAUCGAUUGGCUACGGACGCGAUUCAACUAGAUCUCACUGCGAAAUUCAGUCGAAAUUUGGUUCAAAGACAAGAGAAGAAUGCACUCAAACUGUUUGAUAAUUGUAAAAAUAGACCCGAUAAUUGCACCUCCACGGACCCCCUUCUAGAACUCGCCCGCUCUUCCAUUGACCAAAUCAAACGACUCUAUCUGGAAGAGAUUUCGACAGACGCCGGCGCUACAGUAACCCUUCAAUUCGGAAAAGGAGUCAAUCCGAUCCUGGAUUCGUGUUGGUCCCUUAUCCCAAUCCGCCGCGUUUUGGAUACUGUAGAAAAGGGGCGGAGCCAAGGAGUGACUCCAGAUGACGUCGAAAUCGUUCGUCUGGCGAUUUUAUGGACACUUUUACUGUUUUCUGAGCGAAAAUCAGCAUUUUUCGCGUUCUCUCAACCCGACGUCUUCUAUAUUCAUCUGACGGAGACGUUGAUGAUUGGAAGUGAGAUUCUGAUGGAUGACGUCAUCUGCAGAUGCCUUCAACGUCUUCUGACUGAAUAUCUGAUUCCACAGGCGACGGAGGGACGGAUUAGUGUACGAAUGAGUGGAAAGUCGCCGGAUUGGAUUCGUUUAUGCCGUUUUACGAGCAAUUAUUGA